CGCUCUGGUUGCUUCUUUGGUUGGUUGGUUGUUUUCUUUUUCGGCUUUUGCCUUGCACACAGACAGACAAAACUGCACUCUCUCCCUUCAGCCCUCAUUCCAGCACCCCUCUCCCUCUCUCUCGCUUGUCGACCACCAAGAUGCCCAAGGACCGCCCUCUCCCCGCUGCCCCUUCCGGCAGCCAGGUGCCCGCCGAACAGAUUGACAUGGUCUUCCACUGCCAGCUGGCCCACGGUUCCGCCACCAAGCAAAUCAGGGACUUCACCAACGUCAAGCAGCUCUACGAAUCGAUAGCAAAGGCCUUUGGCAUCCCCACUGCCGACAUUCUGUACAUCACCCUCAACACGCACAAGGUGGACAUGACCCGCCUCCUGGGCGGCCAGAUUGGCCUGGACGACUUCCUCUUUGCACACGUCAAGGGCGACAGCAAGACCGCCAAGGUCGUCAAGGACGGCCCCGCACUCGGCCUCACCAUCUCCGACAACGGCGCCGGCUACGCCUUCAUCAAGAAGAUCCGCGACGGCAGCCUCAUGUCCAAGGUGGCCAACAUUGGCGUGGGCGACCACAUUGCCUCCAUCAACGGCAACGACAUGACCGGCUGCCGCCACUUUGAGGUUGCGCGCAUGCUCAAGGAGAUUCCCAUCGGCGCAGAGUUCACCCUCACCCUCGUCGAGCCAAAGAAGAGCCUCGAGGCGAUUGCGCCGCGCGCACAGGCGGCGGGCACUGGCGACGUGAAGGCCGGCGCCGGCAAGAAGACGCUCCGCAUGAAGCGCAACGGCACCGCUGUUGUCGAGGAUGAGCCCACAACGGAGGUUGCUGCUGUUGUUGGGAAGAUUGACGAGCUGCUUGACCAGCACGUCGGCAUCAAGGACCAGGAGCUGUCCACCACCAUCUACGACCUCGCCAAGGCGUCCAAGGCCGCUGAUGACUUUGCCGGAAAGCUUGACGAGGAGCUUGCAGACUUUGAAUUCCCAGACGACUUUGUCCUCGACGCUUACGAGCUCGUGACCAAGUGAAGCUGACGCCAAGCACCCAAUCCGCCACCCCCUUCCUGCUCCUCACUGUCAACUGUCUCCCUCCCGUGCCUUCCCAUUCCCCACUUGCUGUUGUUCUCGUGUUUUUUAUAUGCCAGCCAUCAACACAACCACGCGAUGCAUGCAAGCAAGUGGGCGUGUCUUGCUCGGUAUUGUCUCGUGUCAACCCCAUCUCCCUCUUCCCCUCAAGUUUAAGCCCACCACAUCAGUUACUUUCUUCCGCGCUUGUCUUUGUUGCUUUGGUUCCACCACCCACAGCUUCCAUAAACCCCACCACGCGUGUUGUCCGUCUGUCCCGUCGUGUUUGUCCCAUCUCCCUUCCUCCGCGCUCUGUGCCGGUUUUAAGCUGCGAGUGACGAUGUUGCUGACUGAUUGAUCGAUUGACUGACAUGUCUUCUUUCAAAGGUGCAAACGGAUCUCAUUACAGCACAGCACAGCACAGUGCCACGCACGGAACAUGACACGAUCAAUGAUGGUGGCAGCUGGAGCAGGUGGGAAGGUGUGUGUAUGGUGACAAGGUGAUGGUAAAGCUUGGGGUGGGAAGAAAUGAAACAACGCUCGCACGGAAA